AUGUCUACAUACAGCAAAGAGCUGGAAGUUGCAGAGCUAGCUGUUCAAAGAGCUACACUUCUAACAAAGAAAGUUUUCCACGAGAAGGCAAAGGGAACGUUGUCGAAGGACGAUAAAUCCCCCGUCACCAUUGGCGACUUCGGUGCCCAGGCUCUCAUUAUUCAUGCCAUCAAGCAGAAUUUCCCUGAUGACGAAGUAGUUGGUGAAGAGGAGGCAAGCUCUUUGAGAGAUGACCACAAACUGCGUGAUCAAAUUUGGGCUUUGGUCGAAAGCACGAGACUUGCGGACCCCAGCGCCGAGAAGAUCAUAGGAGGCCCAAUUCCAACUGUCGAUGCUAUGUUGGAUGCGAUUGAUGCUGGAAACAGCGCCGGAGGGAGCAAAGGAAGGAUCUGGGCUCUGGAUCCGAUUGACGGAACGAAAGGUUUCCUCAGAGGGGGUCAGUACGCAGUUUGUUUGGCAUUGAUGGUUGAUGGAGACGUCAAAGUUGGUGUCUUGGGAUGCCCAAAUCUCCCUGUGGAUGACUCUGCACCUCUGUCUGCUGAUGUCGGCGUGGACCAGACGGAUUCAGAUGGAAAGGGUGUUCUUUUCUCAGCUGUGGCUGGACAAGGAGCUACAAGUCGACCCCUAGGAACGGCAGGACUUGGCCAGAGUCAACCUAUCCACAUGAAGCCUGUCAAAGACAUUUCGCAAGCAACCUUCUGUGAAAGUGUGGAGGCUGGUCAUUCAUCUCAUGGGGAUCAAUCUGCAAUUGCAUCCAAGCUUGGAAUUACUAAACAGAGCGUAAGAAUGGAUUCUCAAGCAAAAUAUGGUUCCAUAGCUCGAGGGGCAGGAGAUAUCUAUCUUCGACUUCCUGUGAGCGCGACGUAUCAAGAGAAAAUCUGGGAUCAUGCAGCUGGAGAUCUUAUUGUAAGAGAGGCGGGUGGACAAGUCACAGAUUCUCUAGGAAGAAGGUUGGAUUUCAGCAAAGGAAGAACGCUCGCCGAGAACCGGGGAGUUGUUGCAGCUCCAGCCGCAGUACACGGCCACGUUCUUGAGGUGGUCAAGGAAGUCUUAGCCAAGAAAUAG